AGUAUCCUAAGAGUUUUUACUUUUUGAUAAGAAACGAAAAUCUUCUUUUUUUCUCUGUGUAAACAACAAUGGAUUCUUCAAUGUCGACGAAGAAGAAAACAAAACUCUCUCUGAGAAACCAAACUUGUUUCAAGAAAUCGUCUCUGUCUUCCACUGCAAAAAGGACCACGAACUUGUCUAUGAGAGAAGAGACCAUGUUUAAGAAAGCCUUCGAGCUUUCAACUCUGUGUGAUAUCGAAGUCUGUGUCAUAUAUUACGGUCGUGAUGGAGAACUCAUCAAGACAUGGCCGGAAGAUAAAUCUAAGGUUCGAGACAUGGCUGAGAGAUUUACCAAACUAAACGAUAGAGAGAGACGCAAGAAAAGCACAAACCUUUCUCUGUUGUUAAGGAAGAAGAUCCUCGACGACAAUAAGCUCUCGGAGAAAGUGUUAGAGAUGAAGGAUUCGUUAGAAAGUGGUCUACGGGUAUUACAAGAUAAGCUUCGGUUACUCCAACCCGAGAACCAGACCGAGUUAGGUCAGAGCCGUGUAGUUUCUUCCACAACGAACCCAUUGUCUUCUCCUUCGAUAAUUGAGGAUCAUCAUCAAACAUUGGUGAAUGGUGUGUCAAACACAGAGCAAGAGCUAUCGACGUCAUCAUUGAGUCAACAUCAGAGCAAAUUUUCAGUCUUUCUGUAUAACCAUGACAAUGGUAGCUUCUAUCAAGUCCCUGACUCUGUUUCUAGCUUUGACCAAUCGACGAGUACGGCUUUACUUGGGGCCCAAGGAACUGAUCUAAGAAGUAACAGCUGCAGCAACUUUGAUCUUCCCAUGGUGUUUCCUCCUCAGAUGCAGACACAAACCCCAAUUGUCCACUUUGAUCAGUUUGCGCCAUGGAAUCAAGCACCAUCUUUUACAGAUCCAAUGAUGUUCUCUUAUAAUUAGGUCUUGUUGUUCCAAGAUCUGAUCUUUGAGUUGGUCCACGUUUUAUUAUUUUCUAUUAUGUAUGUAUUCUCAGUUUAGAUUAUAAGUUUAGCCUGAUUAAAAGUUUGUAAGAAAUCCUUUGAAUUGUAUUGUUUCCUAAGAAUGAAUGCUAUUUUCAAGU